AUGCCUUACCUUUCAGACUCGGAAGGCCAUGUUCCCUCCCAACCCACAGAUGUGCCGAUUGCAAUAAUUGGUCUCUCAUGCAGACUUCCUGGAGAGGCGUCAACGCCCGCCUCGUUCUGGGAGAGCCUUCUGAAAGCAAGAUCGGAAUACUCCAAAGUGCCACCAGAACGAUGGGAGACAGGCGCCUUUUAUGAUCCACUGAAGAAGCGUCUCAACACAUCCCAUGUCGAAGGUGGCCAUUUCCUGAAGCAGAACAUUGCGGCAUUCGAUGCUAGCUUUUUCAACAUCAAUCAGAAUGAAGCGCAAGCCAUUGACCCUCAGCAAAGAAUGAUGCUCGAGGUGUCAUACGAAGCCAUUGAGAACGCAGGUAUCUCCCUGGACUCGAUGGCUGGCAGCAAAACCGGAUGCUUCAUCGGAGCAUUCACAAAUGACUACCGAGAGAUCUUGUUUCGAGAUCCAGACGCCGCGCCAAAGUAUGCUGUGACUGGGGCAGGGGCCGAACUCUUGUCGAACCGGCUAUCGUGGUUUUAUGACCUUCGUGGACCGAGCGUGACCAUGGGUACAGCAUGCUCAUCUGGGCUGGUGGCUCUACAUCUGGCAUGUCAGAGCAUCCGCACGGGAGAGUCCAAUAUGGCUCUUGUUGGCGCCACAAAUCUUUUGCUAGAUCCCAUGAUGUUCAUAGGCUUGACACGGCAACAGUUCCUCUCUCCAGAUGGGCUCUGCAAGAGCUUUGACGCAAGUGGUGACGGAUACAGUCGUGGCGAAGGCGUUGUUGCGCUCAUGUUAAAGCCAGUCGACCAAGCGAUCCGUGACGGCGAUAAUAUACGAGCCGUCAUUCGAGGCACCGGGAUGAACCAGGAUGGAAAGACCAAGGGGAUUACGGUACCCAGUACGGAUGCACAAGCCGAGCUCAUCCGCACGACUUACGAGUCUGCUGGCAUCGACUUCAAAGACACGCAUUACUUCGAAGCCCACGGACCUGGUACAAAGGCCGGAGAUCCAGUGGAGCUCGAAGCCAUCUCUCGCACAGUCAGCAAGGGGCGCAGCGAGCGCAACAAACUCAUAGUUGGCUCUGUCAAAUCAAACAUCGGUCAUCUAGAGUCUGUCGCAGGAUUAGCAGGCCUCAUCAAAUCCGUCUACAUACUAGAAACCGGAAUAAUUCCAGCAAACUUGCAUUUCCAGACUCCGAAUCCUUCCAUCCCAUUCGACAAGUGGAAGAUCAUGGUACCUACAAAGAAGAUGGCUUGGCCAGCUAAGGGGCCUCGCCGGAUCAGUGUCAACUCAUUCGGUUAUGGUGGCACCAACGCCCACGCUGUCCUUGAAGAUGUUGAACAUCACCUGCAAGAACCUCGCUACGCGGGCAUCUUGUCCGCUGUUCCAGGUCAUGCAAGACCAUCCUUGAAGAAGCUUCCAGAGCAGACACUUGCCGAGGCACUUCAUCUCAACGGCAACGAUGAGAAAGAUGUCAAAGAAAUUUCGGUCGAGCCUCUCGAAGAAAUGCUGUUCGUCUUCAGUGCACAUGAUCAAUCUGGCUUGAAGAGGCUCAAGGAGUCGACAGCACGAUACCUGAGAUCGAAGAAGCGUACCAGCACAGACAGCAUUGAUGAAAUGUCGUUGCUUCGGGAUUUGGCUUUCACCUUGAGCAACAAGCGGACAAAGCAUCCUUGGAAGACAUACAUAACUGCUUCAACAAUCGAUACUCUCGUCGAAAAACUCGAGGCCGCCGAUAGUGCCAGUCCAUCAGGACGGCCCAUCGCUGAAAAUCCACGACUUGGAUUUGUGUUUACAGGCCAAGGAGCUCAAUGGGCUCGAAUGGGCAUCGAGCUGCUCCGGUACCCAGUCUUUCGAGACAGUGUCAAGGCUGCCGGUGACUAUUUGUGUCGGGAGGAAGGCUGUCACUGGAACGCAAGCGAAGAGUUACUCAAAAACGACGCAACAUCCAACAUCGACCUUCCCGAGUACAGCCAGUCUCUUUGUACUGUUGUUCAGGUUGCAUUGGUCGACCUCUUAUCCUCAUGGAACAUAACACCAGUGUCUGUUGUCGGCCAUUCCAGCGGUGAGAUUGCAGCUGCCUACUGCAUUGGAGCCAUCACCAAGGAAGCCGCGUGGAAGAUCGCUUUCCAUCGUGGAGUCUUGUCAUCACAGUUGAAAACUCUUGCUCCAGAGCUCUCAGGAGCCAUGAUGGCUGUUGGAGCUUCUGAGGCUCAAGCACAAGAGUACAUAUCUCAAGUGACGCAGGGACAGUUAGUGGUAGCCUGCGUGAACUCACCAUCAAGUGUGACCGUCUCUGGAGACGCUACGGGGAUUCACCAGCUGGGAGCUCUACUCAAGGAGCAAAACGUCUUCCAUCGCAAGCUCAAGGUCAACACUGCUUACCAUUCGCCCCAUAUGCAGACGAUCGCGUCCAUGUACAUGCACUCGCUGAGCGAUGUGCAGGCUCAGGAGUCUUUUCAGGGUCGUCAAAUGUUCUCGAGCGUCACCGGAGAUCUCGCGGAUCCAUUAGAACUCGGAGCCAUGAACUGGGUGAGGAACCUCGUGUCACCGGUGCUUUUCACAGACUCCGUGUCAGCUCUGGUGCAAACAGAUCCAGAAGGAAGACCUUGCGCAAGUCCAAGCGUCGAUAUCUUCAUCGAGCUGGGGCCUCAUCCAGCACUUCGUGGGCCAGUCAAUCAAAUCCUAGAUAGUCUGGGCUUCAAGGGAAUUGAAUACCGAUCCGUGCUUCAACGAGGCCAACACGCCGUCGAUAGCGCACUUAGCUGCUGUGGAGAUUUAGCUGUCCUCGGGGUAGCUGUCGACAUUGAAAAGAUCAACAACGCCGGUGAAGAUGCGAAGCCUCAAAUGCUCACAGACCUUCCACCAUAUGCGUGGAAUCACUCACGCACUUUCUGGGGGGAGUCUCGGCUCGCACAAGAGUUUCGCCUGCGCAAAUUCCCAUCGAUCGGCCUUCUGGGAGCGCCAUACCCGUCACUCAAUAGCGAUGAAGCCCUGUGGCGUGGUUUCCUUCGCAUCGAGGAAGAGCCCUGGAUCGAAGACCACCAGAUCCAGUCCUCAAUCCUCUAUCCUGCCGCAGGCUAUCUCGUCAUGGCCAUUGAAGCUGCCAGACAGAUGAGUGAUAUCAAUCGCGAAGUCAGAGACUUCAGGCUCCGGGACGUCAUAAUCUCUUCAGCAGUCGUCCUCAAAGAAGGAGAAAACAUCGAAUGUAUCUGUCAGCUGAGACCGCACAAAACAGGAACUCGGGGCGCUUCGUCGACUUGGUUGGAGUUCACUAUCUCAACCUGUCCAGCGGGAACCACCCAACUCAAAGUCAAUUGUACAGGCUUGAUACUUGUCGAGUACCAGACCGUCGAGAACAGUGCCGCACAAACCGAAAUCAGUCUCGAGAACAAAACCUUGGCGGCUACUUUCAGGGAUAUGGAGAAGGACUGUGUCACCAAAGAGGCCUCAGACGACUUCUACAAAGAGCUUGCCGCUGUAGGUCUUGUCUAUGGACCGACUUUUCAAUGUGUGACAAGCGUUGCACACUCAGCUGGCAAAAGCGUCUGUGAUGUUCAAGUUCCCAACACCAACUCGAUCGCCGCGGCGGUCCAAGCAGGUAGACCGCACAUCAUUCAUCCAGCUACACUCGAUGCAAUCUUUCACCUUUCCUUCGCUGCACUGAAAGGGGGCACCGAAGGCCUGAAGGAAGCCAUGGUCCCAACCGCCAUUGACGAAGUCAUCAUCGCAGCUAAUACUCCAUUCCAGGCAGGCUCACUUCUGAAGGGGUUUUCAACCGCUGCCAAACACGGCAUGAAGGAGCUCAAGGCUGACAUGGUCAUGCUGGACGACAUGAUCAGGGAGCCCUUGGUCACCGUCCGAGGCUUUACUUGUGCUGCAUUCUCCGGUUCUGGGAUUGAUGGUUUUGAUGACGACGAGAAGUUGAAAGGAAGCGGCAUAUGUAGCAAGCUGGUCUGGAAGCCGUGUCUUGAUCUCUUGUCAAAUGCAGAACAAGUCGAGCUUGUCAAUCGUAUCGGCACGUUCGGCAUGAAAGAUGAAGAGGCCAAACAUUUCAAGAAGUCGGAGUACCUAGCUCUGAUGUUCAUGCGACAGAUCGUAGACCGGGUGAAACCAAGUAGUGUGGCACCAGAGGCACACCUUCGAAGACUGUACGAGUGGAUGAAGCACCAGCAAGAACUCAUCUCGGCCGGCACCCAUCCCCUCCAACACUCAUUCGGCGAUGACCUACGGGUCCAGAUCGCAAAGGACGUCAAUUCGGAAUUCCACUCGGUGGAUUCCGACGACCAGAAGCUCUACCUGACUUCUACAGUCUUGACACAAAUCCUCCUGGGACAACUCAAGGCGGAACAGUUGAUGGUCGAGGAGAGCCUUGUAGAUCGCUAUCUCUGGAACACUCCUGGAGUGAGAGCUUGUGCAAACAAGCUUGCUGAGUAUGUGGACAUGGUCCUCUUCUCGCAACCGGCGUCCUCUAUCCUGGAGCUCGGUGGCGCAAGUGGAGGUGUUGCGGCCAAGAUACUCGAUAAGCGACAAAGUAUCUUCACCAACUACACAUAUGCCUGUCCCACCGAAGCAAUCAAGACCUUGGCCGAGGAGACGCUAAAACCGUGGAGUUCUGCCUUGAAAUUCGUGGUUGACGAUCUCAACACAACCGAGAAGAAGGCAGCCGAAGCCCAGAAAUACGACAUCGUCAUUGCUCCAACGGCAUUCUUUGGCGCUGAUUCCAUAGAAUUUGUUCUCGCAGACCUCAAACGCAUGCUCAACCCGGGUGGGCGAUUGUUUUUGAUCGAGACCACAAGUCCUGGGGUUCAGCUGUCCUGUGCUUUGGGCUGUUUGAAGAGCUGGUGGAGUCGGACGCCUGAUAAUGCUGAUUUGGCAGCAUCAGACAGGACAUCGCCCCUCAAGCGCGCUGGCUUCGACAUUUUGAUGGAAACUCCUGAUUUUGAGGACAAGACAAUCCAGCAGUUCAGUCUCAUUGUGGCUCAAGUUGCCGGCUCGGCUUCCGACAUAGCAGCUCCCGACAAGGACGUCGUCAUCAUCGAACCUCGAGACCCUACUCGGGUUUCAGCUGCUCUCGGCUCCAGGAUCGCUUUGGAUCUGAGCGAAGCUUCCUAUCAAUGCAGCCUCAUCAAGUGGGGAGACAAGUCUGCCGCGCAUACGACCAGAAAAUUCAUCGUGCUCGCUGAGGUCGAGCAAGCUUUGCUCCCGACCAUGAGCGAAGACGACUUUCUGUUCUUGCACAAUAUCAUCCUGAAAGCCUCAGAUAUUCUCUGGGUUACUUCCCAUGAUCAGCCCACAGCCUCAAUGGCUUCGGGUCUUGCGCGCAGUGUCCAAAAUGAGUCUGCCAGCCUUCGUUUCCGCACACUGCAGGCAAUGUCAAAGUCCCUAGAGCUGCCAGACCGUCUUGCGUCUCACAUUGUCAAGCUCACAACUUGUGCUAGCGCCGAAACCGAAUUUGUCGAGACAGAAGGCAUUUUGCACGUUAGCCGUGCACUCCAGGAUGGAAAUUUCAACGAAGAACUAUCGGCAUAUCUUCAUGGGGGGAAAGUUGAGCUCAUGCCAUUGAACAAAUGUCAUGGUCCCCAACGCAUCCACAUCGGGGCUCCUGGUAUGCUGGACUCACUUCAAUUCGAGUCUGACGAGUCUGCAUGUUCAGACCUGCAGCCUGGGCAAGUCGAGAUCGAAGUGCGUGCCACAGGCAUCAACUUCCGAGAUGUCAUGGUCGCCAUGGGUCAGAUUCCUGACCGUCUCUUUGGAUUUGAGGCUGCUGGCAUCAUUACACGUGUGGCAAGCGACGUGACCUCCAUUCAGCCCGGACAACGAGUCUCGUGCCUCGGACACGGCGCACACAGAACCCACUACCGUAGUCCCGCCAUGUUCUGUCAACUGCUUCCGGACGACAUAACAUUCGAGGAGGGUGCCGGUUUGCCACUAGUCCACGCUACUGCCUAUCAUGCCAUGAUCAACAUCAUGCGUGUGCAGAAAGGUCAAUCCAUCCUGAUCCACGCUGCCGCUGGUGGCGUAGGACAAGCAGCCAUUCAACUCGCACAGCACCACGAAAUGGAAAUAUUUGCCACUGUAGGAUCAGCGGACAAAAGAGCCCUGCUUCAAGAGACGUAUGGCAUUCCUGAUGACCAUAUCUUCCAUAGCCGCGACACCUCCUUCGCAAAAGCCGUCAAGCGUAUGACGGGAGGACGCGGCGUGGAUUGCAUCCUCAACUCCCUAGCUGGAGAGCAACUGCGACAAACCUGGCACUGCAUAGCUCCAUUUGGCACCUUCGUGGAAAUAGGCCUCAAGGAUAUUUUGGGCAACACGCGUCUUGAUAUGCGGCCAUUCAUCCAGGACGCGACAUUCUCGUUCCUGAACCUCCAGCAUGUGACCAAUGCCCGACCCGAGCUGAUGGCAACCAUAUUACAAGGCACUUUUGACCUCCUGAGGCGCAAGGUCACUCGGCCGGUCUUCCCUCUGACCGCGUUCCCUGUUUCCGAUAUGGAGAAUGCAUUCCGCCUAAUGCAAAGUGGUAGGCACAUUGGCAAACUUGUUUUGUCCUUCACUCCCGAUUCUGUCGUGAAGGUUCAUCGGAAUCCCUCGGUGGAGCUGAGAUUGAAGGCAAAUGGCACCUACAUCGUGGUUGGUGGGUUUGGGGGCAUAGGAAACAGCUUGGCCCGCCUUCUUGCCGAUCAUGGAGCAAAGCAUAUCUGCAUCCUGUCUCGCUCAGGUCCGUCAUCCGAAGAAGCACGGAUUCUGCUAGAAGAUUUGAAGAAGCAAGGAGUCACCGUCACGGCGUACAGUUGCAACAUUGCCGAUGGAUCUGAGCUCAAAGCAGUGAUUGACCGUUGCCGGACAAACAUGCCGCCGAUAAAGGGAGUCUUCCAGUGCGCAAUGGUGCUGCGGGAUGUUCUCUUCGAAAACAUGACCCACAAACAAUGGACAGAGUCGAUCCAGCCCAAGGUACAAGGAACAUGGAACCUACAUCAGUCCCUCCCUCGCGAUCUCGAUUUCUUCAUCAUCCUCAGCUCCUUUGCAGGUGUUUUUGGUAAUCGUGGCCAAGCUAACUAUGCAGCCGCGGGCGCCUUUGAGGACGCUUUUGCCCAUUACCGGCGGAGCUUGGGGCUCAGGGCUGUCUCGAUCGAUCUCGGAAUCAUGAGAGAUGUUGGUGUGCUAGCCACGGGAAGUGCGACCGGUAGUCGCGACCUCAAAGAUUGGGAAGAGCCUUUUGGUAUCCGUCAGACUGACUUGCACGCCCUCAUCCGCAAGAUCAUGGAGAGCGAGACCGCCGGUGACGACAGCGUCGAGGCACAGAUCUUAACGGGCUUCGCUACCGGAGGUGGCGUGGCGGCUGCUGGUAUCAGACGACCGUUCUACUAUGACGAUCCGCGCUUCUCAGUCCUUGAGUGGACAGGGCACCGAGAAGGUGGUGCAGCGAACAGUGAAGAUGCACAAUUAUCGCUGAAGGCUCGACUUUCUAGUGCAGUCUCUGUCGAAGGAGCCUAUGAAGCCGCGACACAGGGUAUCGUAGAGAAGGUUGCGAGCAUGAUGCAGACAUCGGCCCAGGAGGUUGAUAGCAGUCGGCCGCUGCACUCAUACGGCGUUGAUUCUCUUGUGGCUGUCGAAAUUCGGAAUUGGUUGACCAAGGAGGCCUCGGCAGAUGUGACGGUGUUUGAUAUUCUCGCAGCUGUGCCUAUCACGUCUUUGGCACAGACGGUGGUUUCCAAGAGCACACUGGUAGCAAAGGGUUGA